AGUCACCCGAAGCAGUUGCUUUCACAUUAGACCAUUGCUCAGGGUUCAAGAGCCAGCCACAAUGGGUAACAAACAAAUCUUUAAAGCUUUAUUGACAUUUAUAGUGGUAAUAAAGCUUGUGAGCACAGCAGUUACUGCCACAACAACUGGAGUUCCAACAACAUCUGGAAAUUCGACUACUAGCACUACAACACCAAUGAUGACUGCAUCUACAAACACAAACACAGCAAAUGUUACAAACACCACACCUACAACAAACACAUCUGCGGUGCCUACAACAGUUUCAACUACACCUGUAAACACUGCAACACCAAUGAUGACUGCACCUACAAACACAACGACUCCUACAACAACCACACCUUUAAUCAUGGUUUCAAACACAACUGUGAGUGCUACAACACCAAUGAUGACUACAGUUACAAACACAAUCACAGCAAAUGUUACAAACAUCACACCUAUAACAAACACAUCUGCGGUGCCUACAACAGCUUCAACUACACCUGUAAACACUGCAACACCAAUGAUGACUGCACCUACAAACACAAACACAACGACUCCUACAACCACCACACCUGUAACAACUACAACAGCUGAACCAGUAACAGGACUAUUGUUGACAUUCACCUCAAAUGAAAACUUCACACCAGCCUUGGCGGAUUCUAGCUCUCCACAAUUUGCAAGUCGAAGCACGCUUGUAGAGACAGCUCUUACACCUUUUUACAAGGCAACAUUUAAAUCAUUCCGGUCACUGAGAGUGACUUCAUUCAGGAGUGGAUCAAUUAUCAGUGACAUAAGGAUUGAGUUUGGAUCUUCAGCUGUGCCGAAUACAACUGAUAUUGCAAAUGUUUUGAUCAAUUCAGCCUCAAAUAUAACAGCCUUCAACAUUACCACAAACUCUGUGGUUGUCCGUGAAAUAGUAGCUUCAACUACAACUGUGAGCGCUACAACACCAAUGAUGACUGCAGUUACAAAUGCAAUCACAGCAAAUGUUACAAACACCACACCUAUUACAAAUACAUCUGCGGUGCCUACAACAGCUUCAACUACACCUGUAAACACUGCAACACCAAUGAUGACUGCACCUACAAACACAAACACAACGACUCCUACAACCACCACACCUGUAACAACUACAACAGCUGAACCAGUAACAGGACUAUUGUUGACAUUCACCUCAAAUGAAAACUUCACACCAGCCUUGGCGGAUUCUAACUCUCCACAAUUUGCAAGUCGAAGCACGCUUGUAGAGACAGCUCUUACACCUUUUUACAAGGCAACAUUUAAAUCAUUCCGGUCACUGAGAGUGACUUCAUUCAGGAGUGGAUCAAUUAUCAGUGACAUAAGGAUUGAGUUUGGAUCUUCAGCUGUGCCGAAUACAACUGAUAUUGCAAAUGUUUUGAUCAAUUCAGCCUCAAAUAUAACAGCCUUCAACAUUACCACAAACUCUGUGGUUGUCCGUGAAAUAGUAGCUUCAACUACAACUGUGAGCGCUACAACACCAAUGAUGACUGCAGUUACAAAUGCAAUCACAGCAAAUGUUACAAACACCACACCUAUUACAAAUACAUCUGCGGUGCCUACAACAGCUUCAACUACACCUGUAAACACUGCAACGACAAUGAAUACUACAAACACAACCACAACCACAACGACUCCUACAACCACUACACCUGUAACAAUUACAACAGCUGAGCCAGUAACAGAAGUAAAGCUUACAUUCACCUCAAAUGAAACAUUCACACAAGACUUGGCGAAUUCUACAUCUACAGCAUUUAGAAAUCGAAGCAUGCUCAUAGAAACAACACUUACACCGUUUUAUAUACAACGAUUGAACUCAUUCCGGUCACUGACAGUGACUUUAUUCAGAAGUGGAUCAAUUAUCAAUGAAAUGAACAUUGGAUUUCCAUCUUCAGGGGUCCCUAAUAUAACUGACAUUGGAAUUGUUUUAAUCAAUGCUGCCUCAAACAUAACAGCCUUCAACAUUGACCCUACCAGUGUUGUUGUCAAUGGCACAAAGGUAAAUAGCGGAGUGAUCCACAAGAGCAGUCUACUCACUGCAUCCUGUAUGGUGCUGCUGUCAUGGCUCAUGUCAGGCCACCAAUAACAUGUCCUGAUGCUCUUGUGGAAUUCCUUUUGGAAAUGUCUGCUGUGAUUGGCUAUGAAAAAGGGACGUUGUUCACAUUGAAAAUCCAAGAGGACCUUCUGGUAAAGUGCAAAGAAUGGCUUCGCAAGAAUUAGAUACUAAAUUGGGUAACACACACAAUAAUAAUGAAGCAUAUUUUUAAAAAUGCAUCUACUUCAUCAUGAUUGCAUAUUUAAGUAGGAGAUGGAAUCCCAUCUAUGAUGGGAAUAACUUUAUCCACUGAAAGGGUAAUGUGUGUAACGUGUGUCAUUAAUGAGUAAUACCCUAUGAAAUCGGGAGAAGAAUUUGUGAUAUGUAAUCGUCACACUCCUCGUCACCGCACUGCUCCUCCAUCAAAUGGACAGUUUGACUGACUGUGGCAUUCCUGAAACAUAAGCUAUGUGAAUAACGCCCUGUAUGAUUACCCAAUCAUGUUUCAUAUGUUUAAAUCGUGUGAUAGUGUGUGCAACUUUGCAUUUAUUUUGUAUAAUUAUAAUACAGCAUAGUAAUAAUAAAAAAUACAAGUAGGUUACGCAAAUUAGGAAUAAAAAACCCCCAAAAUGUAUAGACUACAUCAAUGUAAUAAUUCCUUUUUCCUUCUAAAGAAAAAAUCUGUCAUGAUAUACUGAAACUGGUUGCAUUAAACAAAUUGAAGAUUUAUACAGAGAA